AGCGACGCGUUCUGGGGUCAAGGUCCCGACAAACCGUUGAGGGAGGCGGUUAUGGACUGCGUGGAGUACUUUGUUGCCAUCGCCAACUGGGAGUCGGGAGCUAAGCCGCCGGCCAUGCUCAUCAUGCCGCCUGCUAAUAUCCACCUCACGAAGAUCGACGACCCUACGCAGCGCAAUCCGGCUUUGCAGAGAGCAAGGGCCGUCGAGAAAAUCGUGAUGCGAGCGAUCCACGGGUGGAUCUUCAAGUCAUCAUCAAGAUCGAAUGGCUUCGCACGUGCGGAGUCCUACAUCACCUUGGACUAUGCCACUGGCGUCGCGCGUACUGUGUGGCAAGGCUUGGAAUGGUCGAGAGUGGUUUCCCCGACGCUCGUCUACUACACAUUGCCGAUGAAGAUGGACGUGCCUCUGUGGUUCACGGGGUUGAAAAUCGUCAACAGGCCUGAAGAUGAUGACAUGGCCGCACAGCAGGAGGCGACAAUCAUUUGCGUGGCGGACUGCUGGACGGAUGCGUUGCAGUGUGAGCAGUGGGCAGACAGUGGUAGGUUGAAGCACGAUAGGCUGUCUAGACUCGUGGAUUGUCUGCGUUAUCUUGUAAGUGCUUGCAUGUGGAUCAUGCGAAUGGGUGGCGACGACUAUCGCUGGCACUACGACGCGGGAUACUUUGCUGCACUCACCGCAAAGCCCACCCUCGUUGCUGAGGGCUCUUACGCCUUCAACUAGAGGCGUCACAUCGUCGACACGACGAACAUCGUAUUAAAUCGCCUGGGGAAGCCACACAUCACGAUGGGAGAGUAUCCGCAAUGCAAUGCGUCCCG